UCACCAACAAAAACAACCUUCCAUUUCCUUAAAGCGCACACACACUCUCUCUCUCUAACCUUAAAAAAAAAAAAAAAGAAGCAAAAUGCUUCUCCAAUUGUUUCAGACAUACAAGAUUCCAAUACUCCAAGCCACACUCUCAAUCUCACUCUCAUUCCUUCUCACAUUCCUCAAAGUUCCAAUCUUUUUCCUUCGAGGCCUUCACACUUAUAUCCAACCAGAAAAUCUUGGCCAACAAAAUGGUGGUGGUGGCAUCAAAGCUGCUAUUAGAAGACCCUCUAGUUCAGAUUCAGGUUCUGGGCUUGACGGGUAUCAAAAUUUAUCUUCAAAAACUAAUAAUGCUGAGGUCAAAAGGAGAAACUAUAAAUCCAAAGAGAAGUUAGAGUUUGAUGAAAAUAAAGCUCAGAUCUUUAGAUUGAAGCUUGAUCAAGGUCACCUUCAAACUAGACUGUAUUUCGGUGAUUAUUGGUAUUCUUUUGUUUACUCAUUUGUGGCUCUUUCUUGUUUCUUGCUUUAUGAGUACUCUGGUGGGGUGAAAGAUUAUGGGGUUUUGGUUAAUGGGUCUUUGAUUCCUGUGAUUUUAUCAUGUUUUGUGUUGUGUAAAGUAUUUGUUUCGCUGGCGAAAGUCUCAUUCGAGAAAUCUGCAUCUAAGAAGUCUGAGAAGCAAUUGAGUUUGAUUUUUGGUGUUGUGGGGUUUGUUUUUGGGCUAAUUGUUUGUUCUGGGAUUGCAAGUUCUGUUUUUGACUUUGAUUUUGGUUCUCUUGAUGGGUUUGGGAGAGUUUUUGUUGCUGUUUUAAUGGGGUGUUUCGCGGGGUUUCUGUACAUACCUGCUGGCAAGAAUGCAAGGUCAUUUUGGAUUGGGACGGAUCAGAUUCGAUCUAAUUUGGCAAUGAUUUAUUGUGGAUGGUUUGGUAGAAUGAUUCUGUAUGCCAAUUAUUUGUUGGGGGUUUUCGCGGCAUUGCUUUGGAUCAAUCCGUUUGCGCAAAUUCUUUAUAGCAAGAACGUAAAUUAUAGUUAUGGAAUGUAUUCAAAUGGUAGUGUUGGAGAAGCCGAGAUGUUAGUUGGGAAUGUGGGAUUUACAGAAUCAGAUUUCAAUAAGUUUAGGCUUUGUUGCUUGUUUCUAUCAGGGAUCUUCCAAAUUUUGGCUUUAAGACCAAAUGUGCAAAUGUAUUUGAAUGAAGCUUUGCUAUCUUGGUACCAAAGAUUACAUGCCAGCAAGAUACCAGAUUUGGAUUUUAGUAGAGCCAAGGUGUUUCUGCACAAUCACUACUUAUGUCUUGUAGUUUUGCAGUUUUUCGCCAUGCCGAUACUGGUACUUCUGUUCCUUAGCUUAUCUCAGAUUGAUGGGGACUCAUUUAAGAAACUCCAUUUGUGGUGUGAUUUCAUUCCUUGCACUGCUUUUGUCAAAGAAGUUACUUUGUUCAUGGCAUGGUGGAUUGUCUUUGUUUGGGCAGCUUUCACUUCAACAAGCCUCGUCUUUUACCGCUGGGGCACUUUGUAUGUUUCUUGAUGACUUUCAUUCUUUUGUGAUGGUUUUCAAUGCCUGGCCCUGGACUUAAUUUUUCGUCUAAAUUUGAGUUAGGAGGGUUUCUUUUCUGUAACAGAUACUGCUCUCUUUAAUAUUUGAUAGUAUUUUCAGACA